CGAAUCCAAACACGCUCCCCACCAACCACCAGACGCGCUGGAAUUUCCCAGUAAUCCUUUCUCCAGUCAACAAUUUCUAGUGCAUAUUUACGCUAGUAGUAAAUUGAACAAUCGAGAACCUCCAAAUCAAUAAUGGUCGCAUCGCAUUGCAUUUAAACUUCCCACAUGUCACCAUCCAGAUUGCCCCUCAUGGAAACUUCAGAUAAUAACGCGACAUCCUCGCCCGCGUCUAUUCCAGAGAAUUCGCGACGAAGAUCAGGACGCGUUGUCAGAGCCCCUCAAAAGUUCUCUCCUGAGCCGAACUCUUCACAAAACGAACCUACCGCCUCUAAACGAAAGAGAGGCCCCGAUCGCGACGAGGAAGAUGCCGAGAAUGAGUCACCUGCCGAAGUUGAUGACGAAGAAGAAUUAAGCAACCCCGACGACGAAGAUGACGAUGUUGAGGAGUCCGCUUCUCGAUCUAAGAGAUCUAAAUCCAAGUCCAAGUCUCGGCCAAAGAAGCCAGCGAUGAAGCGCGCAAAGGUUAAUGGCAGCGCACCAGUGGACGUCGCGACCGCUUCGAGCGCGCCCGCAGUCAAGCUUCCAAACCGACCUAAGAAGACUGUCAGAGUUACUAUUGCCCAUCCUGAUGGAGACGGCCUUUAUGCCGACGUAUUCGGUUCUGGCGAGUCUUCCGACGAUGUUGCCGCACAAUGGUUUCAACGUUACCAGCAAGACGAUGCCAAAGCCCUUACUGAAGUUAUCAACUGCGUUCUGCUCGCCGCUGGUUGUGAGCAACGACUAACAGAAGAUGAUAUUCGAGACCCAGACAAUUCUGCCAACAGACUGUCAGAAUUAGAAGAGGCCUAUCAGCAGACCAGCAUUUCAGACUACCCUCUUAUAUCGAGGGCGAAGAGCAGCAAGAAUUUCCGUGAGCUCCUUGUUGGAUUCUUCGAGUCAUUAUUUAGUUUACUACACCAGACCGAUGUUCUCUACAGUGACGAAGAGCUAUUGGACAACAUUCAACGAUGGGUCGGCAUCAUGUCGUCCUCUUCGUCACGCCCCUUCAGACAUACAGCAACGACUGUAGGACUAGCAAUACUAAGCUCCCUCAUUGAGGUGACAAAGCAACUUGAUGAUCGAAUUACGAAAUCCAACCAAGCCUUGCAGGCCGAGUCUAAUCGCCGAGGCAAGAAUAAGAAUCUUGUUGAGAACACGAAAAAGGCGCUUGAUACGGCGAACAAGAACCGUGAAUUUAUCGACGGUAAAGUGAAGGAUCUGUUUGAUAUUGUCUUCGUCCAUCGAUACCGUGAUAUAGACCCCAAGAUUCGCGCCGAAUGCAUUGAAGCGCUUGGUACCUGGGUCUGUACGCUCCCCACCGUCUACAUGUCUCCCGAAUAUUUGCGUUACCUGGGAUGGCUACUAUCCGAUAUCUCUGUCUCCGCCCGACUAGAAGUUUUGAAGCAGUUAGGGAGAGUUCUAAAGCGAGAUGCUGAGAAGCUGGCCCAUUUCAUAGACAGAUUUAGGCCCCGCUUGGUUGAAAUGGCUACUAGAGAUGCUGAUGUUUCCGUACGAGUCGCAGCAAUUGCGGUUGUCGAUAUCCUCCGAUCAUCCGGCAUGCUUGAACCCGAAGAAGUCGACUCCGUCAGCAAAUUGCUCUUUGAUUCUGAACCCCGUGUACGCAAAGCUGUUGUCGGAUUUUUCACGGCAUUAGUUGAAGAGCUAUUCGACAACAAAGUAGACGAAAUUGGAGGUAGUGAAGUGCUGGACGAAGUCUUUGGUGAUGAUGAAGAAGACGAGUAUGAUUCAAUUCGAAAGGACUGGAUUCAUAUUAAAGCCCUCGCAGAGAACCUCGCUGUUUACGAUGCCCAAAUAGAUGAGGAACAAGAGGAAAUUCGACACGGGCUAGAUGUGGCGGCAGAUGUAACCAAUACUGUCAUGCCAGAGUCACGAAUUGCACUAGCAACGCAACUACUCUAUGAAAAGAUCAACGAAGUCAACAACUGGCAAAUUCUUGCUGGCUAUCUAUUAUUUGACCAUUCAACCAGCGCAAAAUCAAGGGCGAGCUCAAAGACACACUCGGUUGAAGCAGCCACAAAGAAAGCUGUUGCCCCUGAACCGCGAGAGGAGGCAAUUCUGCUCGAGGUGCUCGCCGCCGCUGUGAGGGAGAGCCUGGUGCCAUCAACAGAGCAUGACAGGCACAAGAAAAGAACUGGUAGGCUUGACGCAGACGCACAAGAUGACGCUGGCAUGAAGCUGGCUUCGCUUAUUCCUCGCCUCUUGAACAAGUUUGGGUCGGAUCCUACGAUGGCUUCCACCGUACUCCGACUAGAACAUUUCCUUGAUCUGGAAGUGUUCCAACAGCUACGUCAGAAUUCGGCAACGUACGACAAACUUCUCGAUGAAAUCACUACCCAAUUCAACCGUCAUGUUGACCAAGGGCUACUCAACGAGGCAACUGCGGCAUUGAUCCACGCUAGACAAUAUGAGGAACUUGAGGAAUUGACUGACAACAAAAUCGCCGUGCUUUGGGACAACUCGCUUAACUCUCUACGAAGUAUAGACAAAAUCUGCGAGCUAUCAGCUAGAGGCAAUCUUGACCGUGUGGCGCUUACGGAACUUUCGCAAACCUUGAUGAAGAUGAGCAAGUUGGCCAGCAUUUCUGACUGCGUCGAUGUCCUCGAAACACCAGGAACGUCGAUUGACUCCGACCAGCCAGCUAUCAAGAUUCUCACCGGCAUCGUGCAUCGUGGCCUGCUAACCGAAUCAAAUGAAGACCUAGAUGAUCCGGAAGAUGAAAUAGUCGCAUUUGCCAUUAAGGCGUGCCAAUUCUACUUCAUGUGGAAAGUAAGAAGAUUACGGAACAUUGUUGAGAAUGAUGAGGAUAUCCCGGAUGCCGAGGUCGACCAAUUGGUCCUAUUACGCAAGGAAUACAUUACAAACCUGAUUCAAACCUUUUCCUCGCGUGGAUUCAACGAUGACCUUCGUCUCUUCGCAGUCGGCACUGCCUGUGACCUCUGUGGGUUGUUUGUCUUUCUCCGAUCUAAGGUAGAGGACCCACAAGCAACCAAAUACCGAAAGCUACGGCCUCUUCUUGAGGAAAUGCCAUCGGCUCUCAUCACUCAAGAAAUAAUCCCCAUAUUCGACGCAGCUGAGCGUGCGUACGCAAAGCGUGCCAAGAAACAGCUCAAUGAUCCUGACGACGAUGAGGACCCUCUAGAUGAUGAACUACCACCCGAGGAUGAUGAAGAUGAGGAGCUUACCGAGCAAGAGCAUUUCGCAGCCGAAUUAAAAGCCGAAAAGAUUCUCUGCGAACUUACCGGUAAACUUACCCUUGCCAUAUUGGCCAAGAACAUCGACUACAGCGGUCCAGACGCUGGCAAAUUACGCAAGCGUCUCAACCGCAAUAAGACGAAGCUCGGAAAUAACUACAGAGAUGUUGUAGCAUACCUAGACGAGGACCACCUUCGCGAGCUAAGAGGUGGCAAGAAGAAGCCCGUCUCUAAAGGCAAAGGGAAAGAGGCGAUGAAGAAGCCAGCACUCAGUGCGGAAUUAGUGAUCGAGGACGACGACGAUGAUCUCCCGAGAGCCGAUGACCCCUUUGAGGAUGUCGAGCCCGAGGAAGGUACCGUCGAGGACUUGCGACGAAGAGAGCUCCUCGAGGAUCCAAUCGAGGACGAUGAUGAUGAAGAGGAGAGACCGCCGGCAGGAACUGCUGACGACCCUAUGGAGGAUGAUGAGGUCAUCGGGGAUUAAUCAAUGAUGGACACAAGAAAAAAGACAAGAAUUGAAAGAAAGAAGGGGGUAGAUGGGCGUUUGAUUCUAUUCAUUGUAACUAUCUACAUCACAUACCU